AUGUUGCGUCCAAAAGCUUUAACUCAAGUUCUUAGUCAGGCCAACACUGGAGGAGUUGAUAAUACAUUGUUGUUAAAUCAUGAUGGUGCCCUUUUAGCAUACAGUGGAUAUGCAGACAGGGAUGCCAGAGUCACAGCAGCAAUUGCUAGUAAUAUAUGGUCUGCAUAUGAAAAAAGUGGAGGAACUGCUUUCUCAGAAGAUACAUUACAAAUUGUUUUAAUGGAAUGUAUGGAAGGAAAAGUAGCUAUAACAACAGUAGCUAACUUAUUGCUGUGUUUAUAUUGUUCUAAACAAAAUGUAGGUUUUGGAAUGCUAAAAGAAAAAGCUAGAGCAUUAGCUGAAUAUUUAGAAGGUCCAUUAAGCCAAGUUGCAAAUUCUUAA